CGCACGCCCGCUCGCUGGCCCGGGCUGCCCCGGCGCUGGGCACCGAGGCGGGAAGCCGGCGGGCAGGACGCGCCCCGCGCCCGCGCCCGAGCCCGCGCCCACCUCGGCGCCUUUGCGCUCCGCAGCGGCGCGCCUCGGCCGGCGGCCCCGCCAGUCCUGCCGGAAGAUGGUCAACGACCGGUGGAAGACCAUGGGCGGCGCUUCCCAACUUGAGGACCGGCCGCGCGACAAGCCGCAGCGGCCGAGCUGCGGCUACGUGCUGUGCACCGUGCUGCUGUCACUGGCUGUGCUGCUGGCCGUGGCUGUCACCGGUGCCGUGCUCUUCCUGAACCAUGCCCACGCACCCAGCACGGCACCCCCGCCCGUCGUCAGCACCGGGCCGGCCGGGGCCAACAGCGCCCUGGUUACCGUGGACAGGGCCGACAGCUCGCGCCUCAGCAUCCUCAUCGACCCGCGCUGCCCUGACCUCGCCGACGGCUUCGCCCGCCUGGAGGGCGCCCAGGCCUCUGUGCUGCAGGCGCUGAGCCAGCGCCAGGCCGAGCCACGGCUGCCGGGAGAACAGGAGCAAGAGCUGCUGGACACCCUGGCUGACCAGCUCCCCCGGCUGCUGGCCCGGGCCUCGGAGCUGCAGGCGGAGUGCAUGGGGCUGCGGAAGGGGCACGGCAUGCUGGGCCAGGGGCUCAGCGCCCUGCAGAGCGAGCAGGGCCGCCUCAUCCAGCUUCUCUCUGAGAGCCAAGGCCACAUGGCUCACCUGGUGAACUCGGUGAGCGACGUCCUGGACGCCCUGCAGAGGGACCGGGGGCUGGGCCGGCCCCACGUCAAGGCUGACCUUCAGAGGGCCCCUGCGAGGGGAUCGCGGCCCCGGGGCUGCGCCAACGGCUCUCGGCCACGCGACUGUCUGGACGUCCUCCUGAGUGGACAGCAGGAAGAUGGCGUGUACUCUGUCUUCCCCACGCACGACCCCGCCGGCUUCCAGGUCUACUGCGACAUGCGCACGGACGGGGGCGGCUGGACGGUGUUUCAGCGCCGGGAGGACGGCUCCGUGAACUUCUUCAGAGGCUGGGAGGCAUACCGGAACGGCUUCGGCAAGCUCACGGGCGAGCACUGGCUAGGGCUCAAGAGGAUCCACGCCCUCACCACGCAGGCAGCCUAUGAGCUGCACGUGGACCUGGAGGACUUUGACAACGGCACAGCCUACGCCCACUACAGGAGCUUUGGUGUGGGCUUGUUCUCCGUGGACCCCGAGGAAGACGGGUACCCGCUCACCGUGGCCGACUACUCAGGCACUGCAGGGGACUCCCUCCUGAAGCACAGCGGCAUGAGGUUCACCACCAAAGACCGCGACAGUGACCACUCGGAGAACAACUGCGCAGCCUUCUACCGCGGCGCCUGGUGGUACCGCAACUGCCACACGUCCAACCUCAACGGGCAGUACCUGCGCGGCGCGCACGCCUCCUACGCCGACGGCGUCGAGUGGUCCUCCUGGACCGGCUGGCAGUACUCACUCAAGUUCUCUGAGAUGAAGAUCCGGCCGGUCCGCGAGGACCGCUAGUGUCCGGCCCCGCCCACCGCCCGGCCCCGCCCCAUCCCCUCGCCAUCCUCUGCCACCCCUCCCCCGCCG